AUUUAAUUAUGGCGGAUGGUGGCUGAACGUCAUUCAAUGUGAUUUUAUGUGUGCUCAUUUUGACAAUCGGUAGAUUUUUGAUGUGAGUGGUUGGUGAAAACGGUAGGAGAGCGAGGGGGAUCAUCAGGCGGACGUAUGAGAGCAAUGGCUGAGAACAGAAGUUCGGACAACGUCGACAUGCCGGACAUUGCCGAAGCCGAUCCACUGACGGCGGGGGCCGAGCACCCCGAUCACGAUGCCGAGCGCGCUGACGGCGGGACGGUGCUAGCCACCGGCAUCAAAACACCGCGGCUCGCCACCGACUCCGGAGUGGUGACCCUGGUUACGACGGGCACGACGUUCAACGUUAUCACCACGGAUCACCUGCCGCAUUUCAAACCAAUGUUGUGCGUGGACAACGGCUUCAUAUCCGGCGGGCCGGUCCCAGACGACAUCAAGGCGGCGCAUAUUGUGAUUCAGAAGCCAACUUCGCCUGCGGGGUCGGUUCAAGAGGAUGGAGCACCCACACAGACCUCUCCUGCUACCCGCACGGUCAGCGCUAGAACCUGGGCCGAGACUGCUAACAUGCCAGUACUUCCUGUCCGCUGUAAAAAUAUAUCCGCUGAACUUCACAAGCAGAGAUUUGGCUCCGGUGGCCGGGGGAGGUGCAUAAAGUAUGGCAUGGUUUGGUACACCCCUAGUGAGUUUGAAGCUCUCUGUGGGAGAGCUUCUAGCAAAGAUUGGAAGAGGUCUAUUAGAUUUGGAGGGAGAAGUAUUCAGACAUUGAUUGAUGAGGGCAUCCUGACACCACAUGCUACAAGUUGCACCUGUGGAGCUUGCUGUGAUGAUCAGUCUGCCAUGGGUCCCAUACGCCUCUUCACACCAUACAAAAGAAAGCGGAAAACUGCACAGGAAAUGGAGGAGAAGAGACCCAAAGUAAAGCAAGAGAGCAGUAUAACUGAGAGUGAAGUUGACAAUAUACAUCAGACCAGCAGCAACAGCCAUUCGAAGGAAGCCUGGCAGACAAUCACCGAGGGAUUAGAUGGCAGCACCGAAUACCACUUGUUGGAGACACAGGAGCCAGCAAAGCUGGAUCACGCCACUCCGCUGCCCGACAUCAACGGCGUGAUGAAGCGGCUGGACGACAUCGGACAGACGCUGGUGCGGCUGGCGGGCGAGUUGAAGCAGUGCGCGGAGGACGUGCGCGUCGUGCACGCGCGCCUCGAGCACGAGCGCGCUUCCGCACUACUGGCCGCCAGCGUGGACGUGCAGGUGGAGGCCGAGCAGGUGUCGCUGCAGACCGUCGACGACUCCGAGGCCAAGAAGUGCGCGAACUGCAACCGCGAGGCGUCCGCCGAGUGUUCGCUGUGCCGGCGCACGCCGUACUGCUCGACCUACUGCCAGAAGAAGGACUGGGCCACGCACCAGAUCGAGUGCCUACGCACAGUGCCCACCAUCCACGCCGACACGCAGCAGCAUCAGUCCAUCAUGCUCAUCGUGGAGAGCCAGCAUCAAUAGUAUACGGUUCUUCCUGCCGUGCAAAUAGUGGAGGAAACUGAAGGCGACAGCAGCAUGGCAGAGAAGUUUAACGAGUAAAGUCGGGAGUCGUCGCACUACUGUUAGCAUGGACUCGAGUAAGUCCUGUAUUUUGUUAUGAAACUUGGAUAAACCGUCUGUUUGGGCUGGCACAUGCUAAUAAAGCUAGUUAUUCAAAACCAGCACAGUGUUUAUUAAGCUUUGCGUUUUUUAAAUAUUUUCUAACAGCGAAUGUGGUGGGCGAAAGCAUAUUUUUUGGGUAAUUUUAAGGUUCAACAAUUUUCUAUGUUAUUUUAUUGUUUGCGAAUUGGGUCAAGUUUGUUUUUUAUUUAUAAUGAUUGGUUAAUUUAUUGUACUUUGUGGCUCAUUAUGGUUGUUUUUAAUAUGUUCACCAGUCACUUGUUAUGGAAUAUCUUGGCUUUGUAAUGCAUUCAGCACUUUUCUGGUUUUGAAACACCAGCCCAAACACAAGAUUUAAGAUACAGCAAUUGCCAUAUGGAAGGCUGUAACGUGUGUCCCAAUGAUGAUAUGACAAGCGUUUACAUUUACAUGUUAUUCGCCGGCCAACGCCCGUGUAUGUAUCAAAUAAAUAACAUACAGCUCACCGCAAACAAAGUUCGGACUAUUCCGGCCUAGCACAAAGCUCUUAUGUUUUCAAAACUCAGAUAAAUAAAAUAAGAUCUGAGAUAAAUUAUUGUUAACAUGACCUGUUUUGUAUUUAAGACAUUUUCGUUUGAAGUGAGGUCGAGUGAAGGAAGCAUUUUUUGAAUGUGUAACAUUUGCCAAAUAAACUAUUGAUUCGUGAUUUGUUUCCUCAAAUCGACCUCACCUUAGUAAUUUCAGUAAUUUCAUUAUCAUACUGAUAUUAUCUCAAUAAAUUAAUUAAAAAAUCCUUGAAAGUGUACUGAUCUUUUGAUCUCUCUAAUGAUGUAAUUAGAAAUCACAAGUUUGUAUGUUAUAGAUUAGCACAUGGUGCAUAAUUUAAAACAUCGUACGAUCAUAAAUAGUCAAGCAGUUAAUUUUACAAACUGGGUCGCUUUAGCUCUAUCAUGUGUAAUUCCAAAUAUUAAUUAAGAAUGCACACUCAAGUGAGACUAGGAUUGUUAAUGCGAAAAACCUUUAUAUUGCACAACAUUUUAUCCAAUAAAUGAGCGAAAUGAGAUGAGAAUUAGUUCCUGACGUCAUUUGCUUGUGGCGCAGGAGUAAACAGUGACCAAUAGGUAAAAGGUGCACUAUUGUAUUCUUCUAGCCAUUGUAAAGGCGAUAUUUAACUAUUGCACGAAUAAUAUCUGUCUUUAUAAGUAAUUAUGUAUUUAAUAUAAUCAAUAUUUUCUUGUUGAGUGUGUAUAUGGUUUAUUCGUUAUGAUUGGACAGUUCGUGGAUUUACGAUAAUAUGUGAUAGCGAUAUGCAUAUUAUUAUUAUAAGAACGGUAUGAUGCACCAAAAUUACGAAUAAAGAUACUGACAGAAAUACAGGGUGUCCCAUAACGAGCGUUCCAAACUUAGGGAGAAGAUAGACUACCUUGACUAACAUGACCUUCUACGAGACAUUAACCUUUUCAGCGCUACAAAUACAAAUGCCUUAGUAAAAGUUUCACAGUUUUCUUUUAUAUCUUGCAGCUGUGUACAAAUAAGCAGAUAUUGAAAAUUUUAAAAAAGAGUGAGUGGGUGCCAUUUUAGUUCAGAAAGUACUCGAUUCGUGCACAUUUUCUGUAUAAUUGUAAACUGUGUAUUUUUAACUAAUUUUUUUUUCUAUAUCUCUGAAAUGGUGAUACAUUUACUAGUAUUUUUUUGUCUAGGAUGGUCAUACAUUAGUCUAUUUUCUCCUUUAGCUUGACACGGUCUCUAUGGGACAUCCUGU